UUUAGAAACGUCAAAUGUCAUCGAGAUACAAUAAAAAGUGUUUUGACAACCACUUUAUUUAUAUUGUACCGUCGUUUUGUGUUGAUGUUUGCAGCCACUGAAUGUUUUCCUUCAUCCUUCUCUCCUCCGUACACAAACAAUUCGAAGGACGAAUCGGAUACAUUAAACAGAAAAUUUAUUAAAACACUCGAAUCAGUCCACUACGAACCGCAGGCACGCUUAGAAUACUUCAGCCAAUUUAAUAUAAUGUUCUAAUUGUUUUAGAUUUAAAAACUGAGCAAAACAGUCCUUCCAAGAAAAGAAACAGUAAUGAUUAAUAAUAGUAAUAUGACAAUUUUGUUUAUAAGAAAAUUUACAUGGGGUUGAGAUGAUUUUAUACUGGUACAUGCAUUGGUUUUGGAUAACUUAUGUAACGAUAAUCUUAAACGUCCAAACAUCUUCAUCAUUACCAUCAGAUAUGGAUAGUUUAAUGAUGACAAAACGUCCCCCUGGGAACGUUUCGGAAUCAGUCAACGAGUCUGUGAUAGUUGCGGAGAAUAGUACUUUAGAAGAACUAUUUAAUGUGACGUUGAAUCGUACCGAGGCGGCCGAAAAUUUGACCGGUUUCUACGAAGAAAUAUGUCGAAAUCAAUCGGAAUUAGUGGUUGAACCAAGAAAUGUUAGCGAAGGUAUUGUAAAACCAUUCGGAAAUUUAUCCGCAGCUGGAAUAGCUGGGAUUACGUUAAGUUGUGCACUUGUUGCGGCGGCAAUUUCAAUAUUAUCCUGCGUUAUGUACAAGAAUAGAAGUUUGAAUCGUCCGCAAGUAUUAAAUGAUCAUUGUAGUAAUUUGGAUUCAAGCGGAUAUAUUGAUGAUACAUCUGUAAGGGAUAAUUCGGAAGAAAUGUACAGUUUGGAUAACGACUCGUUUCUUAAUAGUUUAGAAGCGAUGACCAUACAAAAUUAUUGGACGGAUACCGUUAAACAUACUAAAUUAUAAUUAUCUUCAAUAUCUCAAAGAUAAAAAUCAUAUCAAGAGAUCCACCCCAAGAUGGUGUCCACUUACAAAUUUGUAUAUACUAGAAUGUUAGUUAAUUAAAUUCAAUUCUAUCCGUAACUCGUCCCUCUUGAAAUAAUAGAAACGUGUUAGGAUAUAGUUACUGUGAAGUUAUUUUAAUAUUUAUAAAAAAAUAUAGUAUAGUUUUUAAAAUUUAA